AUGGCGGAUGGCGGCGGCGCGUUUGGCGCCGAGAAGGACGGCCAUUUGGGCGGGUCGAGCGUCCCCAGCGCGGAGCGGUCGCGACGGCAGGUCAGGCCGCGAUUGGUGGGGCAGAUCGGGCGAGAUGGACGGUCACGAUAUAACAAAUCAAAAGACGGCACGCUGCAAGCCCCCGAGCCUCCGCCGCUCUUCCCGUACCGAGAGGGCGAGGGAAUGCCGGACCUCUCCAAGCUGCUUCGGCACUCCGACUGCCUCUCCCACGGCCCCCCUGCCUCCUCCGACCCUCCGUCUUUUUCUGCCGCCGCCGUCGAGACUGCUGGUGUUUCUGGUGGUGGUGACGCUGGUUGUGGGAAAGUGGGCUCUGAGGGGGAAAGAGAGGGGGGAGUUGACAAGGAGGGGGGCGAAGGGGGCGUGAAGGACGAUCCUAUGGAUCAUGAUGGUGCAUCUGCUGCUGCAAGCGAUGGCGCUGGUGCUGCAGAUGCCGCCACCGCUGCUGCCACCAGUGGUCCUAUUCCUGUAGCAGCAGCAGGGGCGUAUCAGCAGCAGCCGGCAGUGGAGAUCUCCGUGCCGCCCGAAUCUAUCACCACUGCCAACCGCCAAGUGCGGUCGCGCCAGCUGUGGGGCACUGACGUGUACACUGACGACUCGGAUAUUGUCGCAGUGCUCAUGCAUGUGGGAUACAUCACACCAGUCUCAGUGCCCCCACCAGCAUCCAUAGCCGAGCUCCGAGCCACCAUUCGCGUGCUGCCACCUCAGCCCUCCUACCGCUCCUCCUCGCGCAACAGCAUGCGGUCAAGGGCAUGGGGGUCAGGCAAGGGCACAUGUAGCUAUGCAGUGGAGAGCUGCAGAAUCAUCAAGCAUGACGGCACCAGCAUCGACCUGGAAGCUUCCUCUGCCCGCACUCCCCCAGUGGGCCCCACGCUUGUGCCCGCAGCGGUCGAGCGCACUAUGACCACCCGCGCCUCCUCCUCCGUGCGGGUGCGUGCCGCCCUGCCCCCAUGUCCCUGUGCGGGUAUGUGCCGGCCUCCACGCCCUGCCCCCAUGUCCCUGUGCGGGUAUGUGUGA